AGCCGUGUUUAACGAGAACGAUGAAGAACAAACCGGAAAUGAGACGAUCCAAACACGAGUUGCCAGUCACCAGUUGUAAACAAACGUGAACGUCUGAGUGUGGCUUUUUGUUCGUGUUUGGCACCGCAACAGGGAAGACUUGUCUUCCAAGAUGGUUAUUCUUCACGUGAAGCGCGGGGACGAGAGCCAAUUCUUGUUUAGCGCCGGCGUGCAAGAUGCUGUCGACGUGCUCGUGCGUGACAUCGUCGCCAUUUACAAUGGGAGGCUCAAAGUCGACCGAAUAUGUGCAGAAAUGGCGGAGUUAGCAGCCCACGGCAUCACGUUGCCGCCCAACAUGCAAGGGCUGACGGACGAGCAGCUGGUGGACCUGAAGCUGAAGGACGAGUGGGAGGACAAGUGCGUGCCCAGCGGUGGCGCCGUCUUCAAGAAGGACGACGUCGGCCGGCGCAACGGACACGCUCCCAAUGAGAAAAUGAAAGCCGUGCUACUUAAAACGGUGGACGAGGCAAAGUCCCUCAUCUCCAAAAAACAAGCCGAGGUCAACGUGUGCAUGACCAUGGCGAUGGUGAAGGAAGCCCUGGCCCAGCUGCGGGGGGCUGUCAUGAUUGUGUACCCCAUGGGCCUGCCUCCUCACGACCCCAUCCGAAUGGAGUUGGAGGACCGUGAAGACCUGUCAGGGACACAGGCGUCGCUGCAGGUGCUGGAGGAGUCCGAGUGCCAGCUGUGGUGGGCCGCCAAGGAGUUGCAGAAGGACAAGAAGCUGCAGGACUACAUCGGCAAGAACGACAAGACCAAGCUGGUGGUCAAAAUUCAGAAGAAAGGACAGGGGGCGCCAGCGAGGGAACCUCUGGUCAGCGGUGAGCAGCACAAGCAGAUGAUGAUGCACUACUACAGACGGCAGGAGGAGCUCAAGAAAUUAGAAGAGGCAGACGACGACAGCUACAUGGACUCGGAGUGGUCUGAUCGGCAGGCACUCAAAAGGCAAUUUCAAGGCCUGAACAACAUUAAAUGGGGACCCAGGUAAUGGUUUUUAUUCCCCCAAUGUUUCGCGAUGUCCGCCCGGCAGCUCCCUCUCGACAAAAAUCCCAACGACACACACAGACAAUAGAAGGAUGUUAAUAAACGGCUGAAUUUCAAAGAA